UAUCUAACUGAAAACAUAAUCGGAUAAUCCAAAUACGAAGGAGCGAGGCUUAUUUAUUCAUUCACUAUCUUCAUCUUGUGCAAAGUUUCAGCAGUUCCCAAAAAAAACAGUAAUGGAUAUCUCCGUUUCUUUCUCCAAAACCCGUCCUCCUCCGUUCUCUCCCUCUCUCUGCCGCCAACUUUCCCUCCGUCCAAACACUCCGCAACUGCUGCGAUUCUCCCGAAACAACGGAACCUUUCGCCGGAAGCCUCCGCCGACGAUUUCUCGCCCAAACAAGCUCGCUGUCACAGCCAUUCAGAUUUCAAACCUAUCCGAGAAUGAAGACGAUUUUGUCCUCGAAGACGUUCCACACCUCACCGACUUUCUUCCCAAUUUGCCGUCAUAUCCAAACCCAUUGCAAAAGAGCCAAGGCUACUCAAUUGUCAAGAAAACUUUUGUGAGCCCCGAAGAUGUGGUUGCUGAAAAUGUUGUUAUUCAAAAGGGAAGUCCUAGAGGAGUUCAUUUUCGGCGUACAGGACCUCGAGAAAAGGUUUAUUUCAAGCCAGAAGAAGUACGUGCUUGCAUAGUGACUUGUGGAGGAUUAUGCCCAGGAAUUAAUACAGUGAUUAGGGAAAUUGUAUGUGGCUUGAACAACAUGUAUGAUGUUGAAGAUAUACUUGGGAUUGAGGGAGGAUAUAAAGGGUUUUAUUCAAAAAAUACCAUGAUGUUGACUCCUAAAGUGGUUAACCAUAUCCAUAAAUGUGGUGGAACCUUUCUUCGUACAUCUCGUGGAGGACAUGAUACCCACAAGAUAGUAGAUAACAUUGAGGACCGGGGAAUAAAUCAGGUAUACAUUAUUGGAGGUGAUGGUACUCACAAAGGAGCUGCGCUCAUUUAUGAGGAAGUUAAAAAGCGUGGUCUUCAAGUGUCUGUGGCUGGGAUUCCAAAGACAAUUGAUAAUGAUAUUGCUGUGAUAGACAAAUCUUUUGGAUUUGAUACUGCUGUGGAAGAAGCCCAGAGAGCCAUUAACGCUGCACAUGUGGAGGUUGAAAGUGUUGAAAAUGGAGUUGGAAUUGUCAAGCUGAUGGGCAGAUACAGUGGUUUCAUUGCAAUGUAUGCAACAUUGGCAAGUCGAGAUGUGGAUUGCUGCUUGAUUCCAGAGUCUCCCUUUUAUUUGGAAGGAAGAGGUGGGCUUUUUGAGUUUAUUGAACAGAGGUUAAAAGAAAAUGGGCAUUUAGUUAUUGUGGUAGCAGAAGGAGCAGGUCAGGAAUAUAUUGCUGCAGAAGUGCAUGCAGCAGAUAAAAAGGAUGCAUCAGGGAACAAGCUACUUCUUGAUAUUGGUCCAUGGUUAUCUGAUAAGAUCAAGGAUCAUUUCACAAUGUCUCGAAAGAUGGCAGUGAAUAUGAAAUAUAUAGAUCCAACAUACAUGAUUCGGGCUAUUCCAAGUAAUGCCUCGGACAACAUUUACUGCACUCUUCUUGCACAUGGUGCUGUUCAUGGAGCUAUGGCUGGAUAUACUGGCUUCACAGUCGGGCCUGUGAACAGUAAACAUGCUUAUAUCCCAAUUGCCCGUGUGACGGAGAAACAAAAUAAGGUCAAGCUGACUGAUAGGAUGUGGGCUAGACUUCUUGCAUCGACGAAUCAACCAAGUUUCGUUGCCUCUGAUCAAGAAAGAGUUGAGAAAGAGAUAAUGAAUAUAUAAAUAACAUGAAUAUUGCCUCUCUAUCUAGGUUUAAAUGUUUAAUGGGUAUUGAUUGAUUGCAGCGAAUUGAUUAGCCAGAUGAUGCAUUAACAUUUAGCAUAUGGGGGCUGAUAACCUAUUCAUUUUUUAUAUUUUAUUAAUUGGGCAGUUGAUGUGUUGAAUGAAAAUUAUAAUUUAAUAAAUUGAUGUACGGGCAUGAUAAUUCCACCACAGGAUACACCCACACUCAAUCUGUACACUUUAGGCGCGUAGAAUGUGUUUACACUUUACCAAAAAUGAUUGAAAACAGUUUUAAAGACCUUCAUAUUAGCA